AUGGGAGAACGCAAAAACCUAAACAAGUACUACUCGCCAGACUUUGAUCCGAGCAAGAUACCUCGACUCCAGAAACCAAAGAACCAGCAGAAAAAGAUUAGGUUUAUGCUACCAGUUCGUGUUCGAUGUAAUACAUGUGGUAAUUACAUGUCACAAGGCACCAAAUUCAAUUGCCGUGAGGAAGACGUCAUCAACGAGACGCACGUAGGCAUUGAAAUAUUUAGGUUUUACAUCAAGUGCAUAAACUGCUUGGCAGAGGUGACAAUUAAGACCGAUCCAAAGAACCAUGGUUAUACUGUCGAAUCAGGUGCAACUAGUCUUUAUAAUGGACACGAGGUUGAAGAGGAGAAGGAAACUGAAGAAAACGCAUUGGAGUGUUUAGAGAGGAGAAGUGUCGUAUCUAAAAGAGAGAUGGAAGUUAAAACUACGCUUGAUGAGCUUAAGUCUAUGAAGUCUAGACGAGCCUCGGUGAGUGUAGAAUCAAUGCUUGAGGCUUUGAGUAGAAGAAGAAAACAAGAAGAAGAGAACGUGGAGGAAGAGUUGCUCAUCAAGUCUAUAAAAUUUGGUAAGCGGAUCACUAGGGUUGAUGAUGAAGAGGAAGACAAAAACUAUGAGGUGUUUGAUGAGAAGAAGAAGAAGAAGAGUAAUAAGAGACGAGAUUUUGGUAAAUCUCGAACAAGACAAAUCUCUUGUGUUCGCUGUUAG